AUGGCAGAUUCCUUAGAAAACAUCUUUAUCAUUUUAAUAAAUUCAGAAUUCAUAAUUAGUAUUCUGGGGAAUGGAUUCAUAACACUGGUGAACUGCAUUGACUGGAUCAAGAUGCAAAAGAUCUCCUUGGCUGAUCGAAUCCUCACUGCUUUGGCACUUUCCAGAAUUGGUCUGAUUUUGGUAAUGAUGGUGAGUUGGUUUACAAAGGAGUCUUAUCCAUUUUCAUAUUUAGACAUAAAGAGAAAUAAAGUCAUACUUUUUAGUAUUGCUGGGCUCUUGGCCAAUCAUUUUAGUGUUUGGCUUGCCACAGGCCUCAACCUCUUUUAUUUCCUCAAGAUAGCCAAUUUUUUGAAUGCUAUUUUUCUUCACCUAAAGUUUAGAAUUGGAAUGGUAGUUAUGGUAAUUUUUCUGGGGACAUUAGUGUUGCUGCCUUUAAGUCUUACUCUGGUGAGCAUCUAUAUUAAUAUCAAGAUACAUCCGUAUGAAAGAAAUAUGACUUUGAAUUCUAAAAACAGUGACACUGAAACCUUUUCCAAAUUAAUUAUCUUCACCGUGGAAUCUUUCUUACCCUUUACUAUAUCCCUGAGUUGUUUUCUCCUGUUAAUGUUCUCCCGACUGAAACAUAUCAAGAAGAUGAGGAGCCAUGCCACAGGGUUCAGAGAUCCCAGCUGCAAAGCCCACAUCAGAGCCAUGAUCAUGGUGAUAUCUUUUCUCAUACAACUUGCCAUUCACUUUCUGUCUCAUCUCAUGACAACUUUUUAUCACAAUGUGAUGCAAAGUGAACUGGCCUUUACGUUUGCUGAAGCUCUUGGAACUAUUUAUCCUUCAGUCCACUCAUUUGUCCUGAUUCUGGGAAAUGACAAGCUAAGAAAAGCUUCACUUUUGGUGCUGUGGAAGAUGAGGUGUGGCUGA